UGUAUACAGUAAGUAAUGUUGAAGUAAAUUUGAGUAGAUUCAUGUGAUGUUUAUUUAAAUAUUGACACUACGAAGUGUUAGUAAAAAUAAGAACAAAUAGGGAAAAUUCCACACACCAUUGAAGUUUAAAAUGUGCAGGUGUGCUGUGUUGUUUUUUUUUUAAGUUGUUUUGACAAUGUGGAAUGGUAGAGGCGUGGUAAUUUAACCUUAUAGCCAAUGGUGUAAUUCUCUGUGCAGGGUUAAGCAGCACUGCCCACACCACCUGAUCCUCUGGAUUAGCGAGACAGAGAAGUAGGCAGGGAGGCAGGGUGAAAGAGAGCAAGAGAGAGAAGGAGGGAGGGAGGGAGAGAGAGAAGGAGGGAGGAGGGAGGUUGUACACACUGCCUUUAUGAGGAAGUAAGUGUAAGUAAUAGGACACCUGGCCGUAUGGCUUCUUCCCAGGGAAUAGGGAGGGUGAAAAUAAGGGAGGGACGAGCAGAAGCAUAGGUAAACCGGUGUGACGCACUCUACACCAAACCUUGCUGAUUUUCACAAAGACAACACUAAACUUUCUCUGGUAGACAUAAAAACUGUUACAUAUUUUCAACAAGCAAGAAGAAAACACGGUGCCAGGAGACUACCAUGCACUGCAGAUUCAGGCUGAGGACAUUUCUGGACCACAUUUACAUUCAAAGCUGGAGAGAAGUAUAGCUUUUUAGCUUCCAGAAAGAUUAUUGCAAUUGCCAAUGUUUUGUAAACAUGAAACAUUUAAUAUGGCCAGGACAGUCAGCUGAAUCUAACCCUAAUCUAAAGCACUGGAAUGUUUGAUUUUUGCUGGAAGAACUAAAAGUCAUGUUGUGGAAAAGUUUCACUAUUUUGUUUUGACAAGCACAGCUUGAAUACAGCUUUACCUGCCAAAAGGAAGUAAGAUAAAAGGGGUUUUUAUUUAGGCUAUAAUCGAAGCACUCUUGGAGUGGGCAAGAAAAACCAAUGGAUUUGCUUUCACAAAAGACUUCUGUUUCCUCGACCAAAUGAAACCGGCUCUUUCUGACACUGACUGGCUACACAGGAGUGAUUUAACAGUUGUAUUUUAAGUGGAUUGGGGAAAGCUGUUAAAUUCUUAUCAUGGAGGGGGACAAUUCAUCUGGGUCAUUACUCCAUAAGUUAUUAGCCUCUCCUAGGUUUGUGAGAAGAGAAUCUCAGCAGCAUGCAGUGGAGAGUGCAGUGCUUAAAUCGUUCCAGACAUUGCCUGAGGAAGAGUCAUCUCUACACCCUACUAACCAUGUUGAUAUUAAUAACAGCUAUGUUAGUGUUGUUCCUCCAAGUGCAGAAAUUAAAAUCGAUGUCAGAUCUGAGAGGACAGUUGAACAGUCGAAUAUUGAGUACUAUAAGGGGGAGGUUCUGCAGAGCUCUCCCUUUCCCAGUUGGCGAAGACCUUUUUCAUCUCCCUUUACUGUUUUAACAGACUCAGAUGUGGUUCAGGUCACCAGAGUGGAGACCUACAGUGACAAUGAAAAUGAAGAGGAAGAUGGAGGUAGAAUCCUGCCUGGUCAACAGAAAGUCACUGAGAAAUCCCCAUCUCUUGACCAGGAUGAAAAGAUUAUAAAACAGAACUGGGAUCUGCAUCAUUAUGAAAGGGAGAGUGAUGUGUCUAAGACAGAUUCAACACUGCCUGUCCUCACAGAUAGAAGUGGUUUGGAGUUGACAAGAGGAGAUGGCAUAUAUGCUCUGAACAGGACAUGGUCUAAUGAGAGUUCUGACAGGCAGCAGGACUCCUCUCCAUACCCAGUAGACAAAUUUGAACAGGAGAUUACAUCUAAAGACUUUCGGAGGGAUUCUAAUCUAAACCGUGGAGGCGACACCAUUGUAGAUUUGCAUUUAGAUGUUCCAGCUGCCAAGGAUCCCAUAUUGAGGGAACACACCCACCCAGUUGUGCCUGGAGAUUGCAGUGGUGAUGGUCAAACAAUUUCUCCAUACACGACUAAAAACUAUCUUUGUGAUUCUCCAUACAGGACUGUGGACUCUCUUAACGUUUCUUCAUACACGAAUGAGGACUCUCUUCAUGUGUCUUCAGCUUGCGGGUCUCCCCUUAAGCUAUCUACAGAGUCUCAACCUACACCAGCACCAGAUGGAAAUGCAUUGGACUCCUCGUUGCUUUCAGAAAAGCAUAUUUCUCAUCAAGAACAGAGUUGGGGAACAGCUACACCAAAAACGAAUGUCACCAGUUCAGAGUCUCACAGCUCUAUAGCCGUUACCUCUCCAAGCUCAGCUCUCCAGCCGGGAAGCAGCAUGACAAAGGACCUUUUAUGGACGGAUCAGAAUGAGUCCCUAAAUGAUUCUGUGCCAAGUGCCACAUCUCCUUCACUUGACAUAAAAGAGGACAUGCCUGCCACCAAGAGGACUACCUCAAACCCGUCCUCAACUCUCUCUCCCAAAUUGCUCUCAUCAACAUCCAGGGAAUCAUUCCAGUUGCCAGCACUUUUCAGUGGUAUACGGGUACUAAAGAAAGGUGCUGUGGGAGAGGAUAGAGAGUCUGUGUCUGAGAUCAAGCAAAAAGAUACAGACCGGGCACUGCUGAACCUGAAACAGCAUGUCAACAAAGCCAAAUUCGAACAGCAUCAAUCCAGUACCUCCAGACAAAAAAAGGGAGCUGAUCCCAAAGAUGGGGCUGAGUCCAAGAAUCAGUGGCGGCGACUGUUAAAUUUUGAUGACAAAGAGGAGAGCCUAGAAAAAGGGCCAAAGGACAUCAAAGGCCUCAAUACAAGAGAGAAAGGGUUAGCAAAAGAUACGACAGGUAUCAAAAGGGACACUGGAGAUGUUUCAGUGGACCUAGAGGCUGUCAAGAAGAAAAUAAAAAAUGAAAGAGAGAUCCUGAAGUCCUUCUUUGAGAAAUCUGACAGCAAAUCUACUAGCAUUGACAAGAGUCCAGUAGAAGUCAAAGCUGAGGGACUCUCCUCUCCAGGAGACAUCGAUGACAGGACACCUGGGAGACUUCAGGCAAUAUGGCCACCACCCAAGCCUAAAGAUGAAGAGGAAAAAGUGGGACUCCGUUACACUGAAGCAGAGCACCAGGCUGCUCUUCUGCAAUUGAAGAGAGAAUGUAAAGAGGAAGUGGAAAAACUGCACACUGACUUCGAGUUCCAGGUCUUCCAACUGCGUGGAGAGCAUGCAGUGGCUGUUUCCCGACUGCAAGAAACCAUUGCUGAAAUUCAGCAAGAACGAGGCUAUUCACGGGACAAGAGAAAAGUGUGCGAUGCCUGUGUGUCCACUGAAGACGACACAUUCCUCAAAACAUAUCGUAACGUUUGCAUCCAGACUGAUCGGGAAACUUUUAUUAAAAGUCCAGAAGGUGAGAAUGCCAAGCCUGUUCAAAGCCUGCCCCGAAAACUCAACCUUGAUUCCAUCACUCAGAAUCUAGGCGUAGUACCUGGAGCUCCAGCUCCACCACCUCCCCCUCUACCUGGCCAACCACAUGUCUCACCAGCUUCAGGACCACCACCACCACCACCACCGCUACCUGGAUCAGUGCCACCACCCCCUCCGCUACCUGGAUCAGUGCCACCACCCCCUCCGCUACCUGGAUCAGUUCCACCACCCCCUCCACCUCCUUUACCUGGAGCCAGAGCUGCACCACCUCCACCUCCACCCAUGCCUGGAGUUGGUCCUCCUCCCCCUCCUCCACCUGGUAUGCCUGGAGCCCCCCCACCUCCACCCUUUCCAGGGUGUGGCCCCCCACCUCCUCUGCCCACCUUUGGCUUGGCAGUGGAAACCCCCCCACGCAAACCAGCAAUAGAACCAACAUGUCCCAUGAAGCCACUCUACUGGACUCGGAUACAGAUUCAAGACAAUAAUAACACGCUGUGGGGUUCUCUGGAAGAGCCAGAUAUUGUUGACACGAAGGAGUUUGAAGACCUUUUCUCCAAAGCCACACUGCAGCCAAAGAAGAAGCCUCUUUCCGACACAUAUGAGGAGAAGCCCAAAGCCAAGAAGAUAAUCAAGCUGUUAGAUGGGAAACGUUCUCAAGCAGUGGGGAUACUAAUAUCCAGCCUUCAUCUGGAGAUGAAGGACAUUCAGCAAGCUGUUCUCACUGUGGACAACUCAAUAGUGGAUUUGGAGACGAUUGAGGCUUUAUAUGAAAAUAGGGCUCAGAAUGAUGAACUGGAGAAGAUCAAAAAACAUUACGAGAACUCAAAAGAGGAUGAAGUCAAACUUUUGGAUAAGCCUGAACAAUUCCUAUACGAACUGGCCCAGAUUCCGGAUUUUGCCGGCCGAGCUCACUGCAUCAUAUUCCAAGCUGUGUUUCUGGACUCCAUAUCAUCCAUCCAUGGUAAAGUGGAGAUCAUCUCCACAGUGUGUAAGGGUCUCUUGGAAAGGGACAGUAUUAAAGAAGUGAUAGGUCUCAUCCUGGCCUUUGGGAACUAUAUGAACGGUGGGAACAGGACCAGAGGGCAGGCUGAUGGUUUUGGCUUAGAAAUUCUUCCCAAGCUGAAGGAUGUCAAGAGCAGGGACAAUCGCAUCAGUCUGGUGGAUUACGUGGUGUCCUACUACCUACGAAACCUAGAUAAGGAUGCAGGGACGGAUAAGAGUAUUUUCCCACUGCCUGAGCCUCAGGACUUUUUCCUCGCUGCUCAAGUCAAGUUCGACGACCUCUUGAAAGACAUGCGAAAGCUAAAGAGGGAUCUCACAGCCUGUGAAAAGGAUGUACAAAAUGUGUGUGCCAACUCUUCAGACGAACAUCUCCAACCAUUCAAAGACAAAAUGGAUACUUUUCUCACCACUGCAAAAGCAAAGUAUGCGUCUGAAGACGACAGCCUCAACGCUGCCCAGAAAAGCUUCCAGGAAAUGGUCACUUACUUCGGACUCAAGCCUAAAUCGGGAGAGAAGGAGGUUUCACCUGACUAUGUUUUCUUACUAUGGUUUGAGUUCUGCAAUGAUUUCAAGAGUGUAUGGAAACGUGAAAAUAAGAACAUCUCCCAGGAAAGACUAAAGGAAGCUCAGCUGAAUGUUAAAAAAAUCACAGCUGAGAAGAAAGUGGAGACAAAAAAGGUCAAUGCCAACAGUCUGAAGGAGAGGCUGAAGCAGAAGGAGGCCAAUGUGUCCUCCAGCUGAAGAUAAAAGAAUGUUCAGACAGAUGAAGUAUCAUUUCCACCACCUUUUAGAGGGACAGUUUGCACAGGAGUAUGGCAUUCUAAUCAGCGAUGUUGAUUAACAUAGUGGCCACCAUAAAAGCAGAGAUCUGUGGUUUCUUCUUUUGGUGAACAUAGAAGUGCAAUCAAGCGUUGUGGGACUCAUCAGGAAAUUAACCAUCUUCAACUCCACAGAGAUGUCUUCAGUGUUGAUUCCAGACUUCUGUCUCUUGUAAAGGUGCUCCUGUCUGGGAAAGGUUCCAUCAUACUAAUUCUAGCAAACAUUUCCAAUUUCAGAAUCUCAGCUUCAUUUAAAGCUUAAAUCUCAAAAAAAAAAAAAAAAAAAGUGUUCACUCAAAAAGAGGGCAUUGAUAAACUAAAACAAACCAAACUUUUAUUAGCAAUCUUGUAAGGUUUAAUUAAUUAAAUGUGAAGAGAGAGAGAGAGCUACUGUUUUGCCUAUUACAGUUUGUUUUUUUAUAAACUUCUAGGUCAUAAGGCUUUUUCCUCUUAUUUAUUUUCUGUAGAAAAUAUACAUGUGUGCAGACAGAAUGGCAGACUGCCAGAUCUCGUCAGUCAGUUAAGACCUAACUUACACACCUCAAGUUACCAAUAAAAACUCGAGAUAGAUGAGAGAUAAAACUCCUGCAUCAGUUAGAGUGGUUUUAAAGUUUUCGUCUCGUGUCAUGAGUAAUGUGGUUUUAACUGUACAACUACCUACAAAAUCUCAAAGGUGUAAGUUGAUCACAGUCACAUGUACUUUCCUACUUGCAACAGCAACCCUUUUGCCACUUCCUUUUUUUACCAGAUUGUAUAUUUUACCUCCUUUGCAAUGUCUCAUGCACCUCAGUUGUAGUUUCUAUGCAAUCUCCUUUCUGAACAGCUAUGGCUUGUGAGAGCCACAGUGUCCAUGUACAAUAUGAUAUAUUUAUUUUCAUAGACUUUUGCUGAAGCCAAAAUCCUUUAAAUGAUGUGUUGAAAAGUGAAGUAAUUAGUGAGCCUGUACUGAAGAUGGAUAUACAUAUAUAUAUUUAUAACUUCUAAUGGGUGAUUUAUUUUUUGCCUCAAGUAAAUUCCUCAUCAUUACCAAAUUGCUCAUGAUGUCAUUUUCUUGCGUAGACUGUAAUAAUAAAUUAUGUGUCUUGGACAAGUGACCGGGUCAAAUGGACAUAAAUGGUCAUUCAUUUCCUUAAUAAGCUUACAGUUUGUUCCUAUUUAUUCAUUCCAAAUAUGUGGUGUGUGUAGCAGCAUUGUCUAAAUGUGAGUAAUCAGGGGCUUCUUCUCUUUGCUGUUUUUGAAACUUCACUCAGUCCUAGUUGUGGUUGUUGUUAAAUUGUUCUUUCAACAGUCUGUUCAUGUGCAUAAAGCUGAACUCAGUGACCUCGGGGAAAAUCAGGACACGACCAACCUUAGCUCACACAUACCAAAUGUUUCCCCUCACUUCACACCAUCCAACACCACAGUCAUGCAUUAAAUCUGAAACAUAUUUGUGGCACUCACUUUUUUGUAUUUGGUGUAUACUAUUUCAGGGGGGAAAUGAUUCUGAAU